UAACUACCUCCUCGCUAAUAUAAAGGGCUGCCAGGGAGGCCCCGCCUCAGAGUGCCCCAAACCCGACACCAUGAAGAUCCCCAUUCUUCCCGCGGUGGCUCUCCUCUCUCUUCUGGCAUUGCAUGCGGUCCACGGAGCUGCCCUGGGGGGCUCCGAGGAGGAGUCGAACAUCAGUAAUUAUGCUGUGGGAUCCGAGGGCUUUAACAGUCAGUUCCUGAACCUUGACAAGUUGCAGUCUGCCUUCAAGUCUGAGGACUUCCUGAACUGGCAUGCCAUCACUGAUGCAUUCAAAAAGGCAUUCCCUUUCAUUAACUGGGACUUCUUCCCUAAGGUAAAAGGACUGAGAAGUGCAGUUCCCGAUUCCCAGUGAUCAUUCUCUUUAAGACCUAGGACCUAGGCUAACCCCACGAAGAGGAGGCUAGCAUGGAAUCCGACAUCCAUUCUACGGCAAAUCUCCCCCAGGCUCAGUACCGCCAAUAAAGCGUUUUCCACCAA